CAUCCCUCAUCACGUGCAGAGCAUAUUUUUAUCCCAUCACUGAGGAACGUCACUGGCAGUACAGUGCGGUUCAACCGGUAUUAUCACGCCGUGAUUAAUUGAUUCAGUGAAUAGUGCAGAUGUGCGUUGCAUCGGUACGAUUCCACAACGGUCAUACAAAAUUGAGUCUUGAUAGAUUCAAUUCAGAAUAUAUUGCGCUAUGGCUUACAGCUCCGAAUCCAGGGAGCAGCUCUACGCUGAGGCCACAUGGCUACAUGGCGCCAUUGUUGCUGCAAUGUUUUAUGGUGUGGUAGUCAUCAUGACUUUCAUCUGCUGGCGCUCCCUCUGGCCGCGCAUUAAAUCGCAUGCCACUGGCUACAAGAAAAAGAGAUUCUUCCUCUGCUAUGUUGCCUUUAUUUUUGUGUUGGGCACAAUUUAUAUAGCGUUUACCGCGGAGGAGACUCAAAAUGCUUUCAUUAACAAUCGUCUAUAUCCCGGAGGUCCUAGUGCGUUCGCGAGGACAGCGUUCUCACCUACACUCGGUGUUACCCUCCUGCUCUCGAAUUGGUGUGCAGACCUAUUGAUGAUUUGGCGGUGCGUAGUAGUAUACAGAGACACCAGAUUCCACUACGUUAUCUUGGGAAUUGGAAUUAUCAUGUUCACCACGUCUUUUGUCACCGGGACUCUCUGGCUUGUCACCAUGUCAAGACCAACAAAAUCCACAACCGGCUGGAUGUCCAUCCGCCUUCUCUUCCCAUACACCUGCGUCGCCUUGGCCAUCAACAUCUUCGUCAGCCUCCUCACCGUUUUACGCCUGCUAUAUCUCCGCCGCCGAAUAUCGAAAAUCUUUGGCCCAAGCCACGGAGCGAUCUACACCAGUAUCUCAGCAAUAGUUAUCGAGUCCGCCUCCAUCUACUCAAUAUGCUCGCUCCUUUACCUCAUCCCGUUCGCUGUCCACAACCCGCUCUCAUAUGCAUUCCUGCAAAUACUGGGUGAGGCGCAGGUAAGUGUGCACAUGCUACUCAGAAUGAAUUGUGAUUUACGUUCUUCUCUAGAUCAUCGCCUCACUCCUCAUUAUCUACCGUGUCUCAGAGGGCAAAGCCUGGAAACACGGCACUACCCUCAAUAACACAGCCUUGGGCAGCUCCCCCUGGAUGCAGCAAAUGCCCCACUGGCAGAUCAUGUCCAUGACUGCUCCACCAGUUCAGCCGACCGUCGAGACUAACUCCGACUCAGAAACCACCCACAACGAAUCUGUGCGGCCGCCAAAGCCACGAUACUCAAGGGAAUUUACCGGUGAGGCCAAUGCCCCAGUUGGCAACGAGGUAUGAAGUUCGCGGGCUGCAAGUAUGCUAUCGAAAAGGCAUGACGCACAUAUUUCUUGAUGAACUUCUGUAAUCUACUUGGUCCAGCGUAUAAAUUCGGUGUGGUCGAUACGCUACCGUGAACCAAACUCUUUUUGUGUAAUUUCAAUCCGCCCUGCAAGCACC